CAAUCUCAGUCUGAGUCUAAUUAGAGCUGCAGGUGGUGGUGUGAAGCCUCAUCAACACACACACACACACACAGCGUGCUUCGAUAGAAUUCUGGAGUUUAUGCUUCUCAGAAGAACAAGAUUCAGAUCUUCAAAGAAAAAGUGUUUGGGAAAGACCUUCAUUAAAAAAACAAAACAAAAAAAACAGACAGUGAGGACGUGGAGUCCUCAACUUUUCCUCCUCCUCCUCUAUCAUCAUCAUCAGCAUGACAAAGCUCCGGGGGGGAGCGGAGUGGCGCGGCGCGCUCAGCCCGCACAGGGAGUCCGGAGUCCGGCUACAGAUCUCCAGCACGCCGCGGUGCACCGGGACCUCCGAGGCAACUAUGCGCCCGAACUCCGCGGUCAUGGAGGGAGUUUUGGGGCAUCACAGCGGGGCUAUGGGGAGUGUGUUACCACAACUAACCAGCCCCGAGGAGAAACCUCUAGCCGGAUUGAUGGAUGAGUCUCGGGCCGGGUCUCUUGGUGCCCCCCGACUCCCCGCGGAUCAGCACGGCGGAGAAUGGGCGCCGAACGCCGGCAAGAAGAAGAACUAUCAGCGCUACCCGAAACCUCCGUACUCCUACCUGGCUAUGAUCGCCAUGGUGAUCCAGAACUCACCGCAGAAAAAGCUCACUCUCUCCCAGAUUCUGAAAGAGAUCAGUACACUCUUCCCCUUCUUCAAAGGGAACUACAAAGGAUGGAGGGAUUCAGUACGGCACAACCUGUCCUCCUACGACUGCUUCGUCAAGGUGCUGAAGGAUCCUGGGAAGCCUCAGGGGAAGGGGAAUUUCUGGGCAGUGGAGGUGAGCAGAGUCCCUCUGGAGCUGCUGAAAAGGCAGAACACUGCUGUGUCCAGACAAGACGAAACCAUUUUUGCUCAGGAUUUGGCCCCCUACAUCCUUCAAGGCCACACUCCGACUCAGCAAGAGGAGACCCAGCCCGAUGCACCUGUACUGCCCAUCCGCCACCAGUCCCCUGCUCCAGAAGACCUUUAUCGCCCCAAACUGGACUCAUCCUUUGCCAUCGAUUCACUCUUGCACAGCUUUAGACCGGCGGAUACGCUUAGAGGUCGAGGUGAUGGAUGGGGGGCGGGGUCUAAUCAUCACCGCUCGCCACGUCCUCGAUAUUUCUCAUCCAACAGGAGUGCGUCGGCCAGUUCUGCUAGCCCUGCUUCUUCCUCAUCAUCAGAUGAAGACUGGAGAGGGAUUACUCGAUUCGAGGCGAGAAAACGAGGGGCAGACGGAGGACACCUCGGAGCUGACGGAUAUGACGGUUAUUUCCCGCCAGGCAAAAUAGCGAAGCGCGGCAGUUCGGCACCUCCGCCUUGGGAGUUACCGACUUCCUAUGCCAAAUACACGCCCCCAAAUGCUGUAGCUCCACCCAGCAUGCGCUUCAACACGAACCCUUUCAUCCCGCUCGGCUCGGUUCCGUUCUAUGGCCAUCACGUUGCGCCCAACCACUUCGGCGCCCAUUCUUACUGGCCUCUGUUAUCCAGUGGGCGUGUUUCCUUACACGCUCCGCCCUUGCUCAUGGACUUGGACAGCAUGCUGCAGUCAGUUCCGCCCAACAAGAGCGUGUUUGAUUUGCAUACGCCACCAAUCAAUACGGACCUCCGUUUAGCAAGUAUUCCUAACUGUGCUGCUGCCGAAAUAAUGCUGUUAAACGUGGAAAGACACAUUUUCACUCGAGGCGAGAAGGCUGAUUUUAUUUUCGCCACCACUGCCUAUGAUGACUUCAGGAACAUCAUCUAACACAGAUCGACCGGUGAAUGUAACGCAACAAUGUCCAGAAACUUUGCACUGACAGUUUGCACUCGUAUCUUUUUUGUUGCCAUUCUUAGUAUUUUUUUUUUACAAUUAUUUCUUCAGGGAAUUCAUUUUUAAUGUUCACCUAAUUGUAUGAAUGUGUUUUAUGGUGCACUGUUUCAGAAAAGUGUGCCUUGGUGUAAAAAGUACAGGGUAUUUAACUUGCUUAUUCUACCUCAAAGUUGUUGUGUUUUAAACAAAUGCUACUACCUUUAUUUUUUGGACAAUGUUUAAAUGCUACAUGGCUAGCCAGUGUGCUAAAUUCCACACGUGGCUGUAAUGCUACUGUAAACACUGAUGCUAACUGAUUGUCCAGUUAGAGUUUGUCGCAUCAGUCUGAUGGAUGGUGGUAAUCAUGUGGGUUACAGAGGAGUGUGUAAAAGAGUGUAUGAGUGUGUGAGAUACCCACCUAAAUACCCCCCAAAGACACAUACACCAGUGUCUCCCUUCCCCCUUAAGGUUUGAGAGAAUCUCGGUGCCACUGCAUCUGCAUGUUGAUGGCUCGUCGUUAGUCUGCAAUCUCCUGAGCUAUUCAGGGGGAAACUUAUCAAAUGCAGAUAGGGGGGUGUGUGUGUGUGUGUGUGUGUGUGUGUGUGUGUGUGUGUGUGUGUGUGUGUGUGUGUGUGUGUGUGUGUGUCCGUCCUCUAUUGUUAAAGGCUAUUUAAUACCGAAGAGAAGUUUUAUUCCACCAGUCCUCUCUCAAAAGUGUCCUUGAAGUGCAUUGCAGCAUUGUUUGGUUUUUUUUUUUUGGAAGUGUGUUGCAUUCUUUUUUCCCCACCAAAUUGUCCUCUAAGUGACUCCAACUGGAUCGAACUAUUUGUUCACAUAGUUCUGUUCUUUAAUUUCGCCAGGUAUUUUUUUUUCUCCCUCAUUUCUUCGCUAUGUCUCAGCUCUCCAGAUAUAUAUAUUUUAUGUACAAGCAUCUUUCAGAUCAAUGCGUUUUAAACGUUUCCCUGCUGAUUUUUAUUUUAUGUGACUGUGAAGGUAUAAAUGUAUAAAAGCUCUCAUGAUGUCGGGUGAAUCGAACGGCUCAUCGGGAAUUAAACUCUUUGGUCUGUGAAAUGAUCAGCGUAGAAACUGUGACACAAUGACUCGUUGUACUUUUUAAUCCGUUUUUAGCUACAGAGUAAAACUCGCCGAUAACAAACUUCUGUAAAACUAAACGAUCAUUCCCUCACCAGCUUUGCUUUUGUUUUUUUCUUUUUUACUCAUUUUAACAGACCGUUAACAUUGAAACCGUUCUGUAUUAUAAACAAGCAGUACUGGAGACUCCUUCCGUGGAUAUUGCCCUAUAGUUUGUGGCGUGGCCACAGUCAGAGCUGCUGCCGCACUCCAGAACUCCAGAGCACUGCAGCGAGAAAUCAGAUGUCUACAUUUUACCUUUAAAAGUCCGUCAGCCAGGACACGUUUUGGAUGUGUGGUAAUUGGAGACACGUCCUGCCUGAUGGACCACAUUUGCAGGUAUAUGAAGGUGUGAAAGCCGGUGUUUAUACAACAAGUGCUUAGAUCUGUGCCAUCAGAACACUUAAGGCUGAAUAGCGAAUAGUGUUACAUUUAAAAUUGCAUUAGCAUCACUGUAACCGUGGAGACCUUUAAAUAAUGACUUAUCAUCAUGAGAACAUGCACAGUAAAAAACAAUCAUCUCUGUGUAGUGCAUUCAAUCUAAUCUAUGUUUGAGAAUUGAUGCCCCUUCCAAUAAACUACUUGCCUCUAUACUAUUAA